CUGUUUUGUGUUAAUGUGGUAGAGGUCUUCAAUUUUCUAAAGGUAAAAAAAAAAUGUCUCAGCAAUGGGCGUCACAGGUGAAGGUAUAAAAGAGGCACAUAAUGUCAAAAGACCUAAUUUAAAGUAAUUUUAGCAAAAUAAAUUCGACAUCAAAUAUAUAAAGUUGAAUACCUCUAUGAAAUUAACACAAAAAAGACAAUGUUACAAAAAAAUUAACAACAUUGGCUAAAAUUAUUACAAAACUGCGAGCAUAAGAUCUAAAGUGACCUAUUUUAAAUAUAAGGCCUAAAAAGGAUUGUAAGAGAUAAGUAUAGGAACUAAAAAGGUCCAUUUUAAACUAUAAAAACUAAAACGUAAAGUGAGUGAAAUUAUAGAGGUUAAAAAAGUAUUUUAACUUUUUUAUUUUGUUUUGUAUAUCUAUCACUAGAAGACACCUUUGAAAAUUUGUCUUCUUUCCAAACCAUGGAUGCUGGGCCAAAGCCUCAGCCAUUUCCAUACAAAGUUUUGACAUGAUCAAUUACAUUCUUGUCCAAAAUUAUCUGGGUGGUAUAAUUCUUAAAAAUGAUUUUUUUUUUGGUUUAGCAUGACAACCAUUGCUGAUCUUAAUGAUAAGUGGGCUGCAUAUGCUGGUCCUGGAGGAUGGAAUGACCCAGACAUGUUGGAAGUUGGCAAUGGUGGUAUGACUUACCAGGAAUACCGUGCUCACUUUAGCAUCUGGGCUUUGGCGAAGGCUCCUCUAUUGAUUGGCUGUGAUGUAAGAAAUUUGACUGCUGAAACACUUGAGAUUUUGAGCAACAAAGAAGUCAUUGCUAUAAAUCAAGACUCACUUGGAGUCCAGGGAAGGAAAGUUCAAGUUUCUGGAAUAGAUGGUUGCAGCCAGGUAAUCUAUUCUCUAUCAGCUCAUAGUAUAGUACAUCUAUGUGAGAAAAGCUUGGGCAUUUUGGCAUGUAUUUUACUGAUACAUUGUAGUCAUGCUUCUGACAUAGAUUUUGGUUGGAUUAGAUAUGUUCAGAUUACUGAGAGGUUGUUUGGUUUGAAAAACUGUUUUUGUUUUCAUUUUUAGUUGCAAGAUGGUACUUUAUUUUUUUUUGUUUUCUAUUUUGAAAAAAUUGUAUAGCAAACAGUGAAAACAUUUUUGUAAGCGAAAACAUAAAAACCUUUUUUCAAACCAAAUGGCACUUAAAUACUUAUUCGGACUGCUCCUCUAAAUGCAGAGUGCUUCUCCUACUUGUAUACUUUCACAAUAGAAAUCAAUAUAUCAUUCAAGGUGAAGACUAGGGUAGGAGAGC